AUGAAGAAGAGUUCACAGGACCGUUCUUCUAAAGCAAAGGGGAAACCACCGAGAUCGGCUCAAGGACAUGGUUCUGGCUCCAUCCCUGAUUGCCAGCAUGAUUCCAAGAAAAUGGUUGAAACUGAAGGUUCUGGCAGCGCAAUACGUGCUAAUUCCUCAGGCAAUUCCAGUUCUCCAAAGAGGAAGAAGUGCGUAGAUGUAACUGUGGACAGAUGCAAUGGCUUCAAUGCCCCACUGGAGGUGAUUUCUUUGUCCAAGAAAUCUGGUUCCAAAAGAAAGACACCGACAAUGAGAUUAAGAUCAGAGCCAGAUCAUAUUGAGAUGCUCCGAGAGAAACUGCCCUCGAAGAGUGUGACAACUGUUGGCAUUAGCACUUCAUCUUCGAUCCAUGGGAGUGAGAAGAUACGUGAGCAGAACAUUGGCCCCGAGAUGAAGGGUGGGUUAUCAGGAAAAUCCGUGCCUUCAAAAACAGCCCCCAUGAGUGACACAUACUUAGCGCUGAUGAAACAAUGUGAGACACUUCUCAAGAAAUUAUUGGCACACCAUUUUGCUUGGGUCUUUGACCACCCAGUGGAUGCAGUGAAGUUGAAUAUUCCAGACUAUCACACUAUCAUUAAGCGUCCAAUGGAUUUGGGUACCAUCAAGAGUAAAUUAACCUCGGGUGCUUACUCCAGUCCAUGCGGUUUUGCCUCAGAUGUGAGGCUUACUUUUAAGAAUGCAAUGACAUAUAACCCACCCAGUGAUGAUGUCCAUAUCAUGGCAGUUACACUGAGCAAGUUCUUUGAAUCUCGGUGGAAAUUUAUAGAAAAGAAGUUAGCUGCAGCAGAUGCACAUAUUGAAAAAGAAACCCAAUCAAAUAAGGCAGAGUUGUCCAAGAAAAGGAAAAUGUCUCCUCCUGACUACAAUAGUCCUGUGCCCGAGAGGAAAAAAUCCAAGAUGAUGGAUGAGGAGAACCAAAGUCUGAACAGAUGCCUGGAGUCUCUUCUGGCAGACCUGUCAGAUCACAUUAUCGAUUUUCUGAGCUGGCAGAGUGGCAAUAUGAACCAGAGCAUUGAGGAAAUAAAAACUCAUAUUGAUUCAUUUUGUGAUGACACACUCUUUAAGUUACGGACGCUUUUGGAUAACUAUAUAAAGGAAAGAGAGGUGCAGCAACCGGUGAAAACUGAACGUGUGAAUGACACUGGUGUCUGCACCUCACAGAUGCGUCCUUGCAAAGGCAAUGAUCUUGAUGAUGAGGAUGUAGAUAUCUGUGAUGGUGAUCUUCCUGUGCCUAGUUACCCGCCUUUGGAGCUACAAAAGGACUUAGGUGCUGCAACCACCGAGUACAGCAGUUCAAGUGGUUCCAGUAGUGAUUCAGGUUCUUCUAACUCCGACAGUUCUAGUGGAAGUGAUUCAGAGGAUGAGGUUUCUAUUCCAAAAAGUGCUGCCGAGGAAAAUUCAGGAAAUAAGGCAUGUUCAGAUCAUGAGAAAAGUGACAUAAUAAAGCCAUUUGAUGUAAAUAGACCUUUGAGUGGGUUGACUCCGUCCGAGAUGGAUGUUGAUUCAAAGCCCUUGUCAGUUGAUUCUGAUGGGUGUCAAGAGGGGGAGCAUGCUUCAUCUGAGAGGAAAGUCUCCUCAGAAAAGCUAUAUAGAGCAGCCUGCCUGAUGAGCCGUUUUGCCGACACAAUUUUAAAAGCUCAGAAGUCUCUUGACCAGGCUGAUAGGGUGGAUCCUGAAACACUGCAGCGUGAGAGGGAGGAAAUUGAGAGGCAGCGAAGGGAAGAGAGAGCAAGGCUUCAAGCAGAAGCUAAGGCUGCUGAAGGUGCUCGUAGACGAGCAGAAGCAGAAGCUGCAGCAGAAGCUAAGCACAGAAGAGAGCGUGAGAGGGAAGCGGCACGUCAGGCCUUGUUACAGAUGGAGAAGACAGUGGAGAUAGAUGAUUAUCAUCUGGUUCUUAAAGAUCUGGAAAUUCUUACAAGAACGCCCAUGUCCUUCGAUGAGAAGUGCCCAGGUCAUUCUCUGGAUGAUGUAGAAGAUUUCAGAUUUGGAGGGAGUAACCCGAUGGAGCAACUUGGGCUAUUCUUGAAAGUGUAUGAUGAAGAAGAUGAAGUGGAUGACAUUCGUCGGGAUCGGAAGUCAAGUUCUUCCUCCUAG